UCCAACGGCUCUUCUCCGCCGACUAAUUUAUUCAGGCUUACGUCGUUACCCACGGCUUCUCACCGCCGCCGAACUCGUCUGCUACUUCUUCUUCAUCUGUACUCUUCUCUUCACCCUCCUCUUCAUCUCCUGGGCCGUCUUUCUUUUGGUUUUCUACGUCUUCGUCCGCGACUACGUCCCUCUCUUCCGACAGCUGAGCCAAUAUGACAUCGAACGUCGCUUCUACCUCGGUCAAGGACAAGAAGAAGCUCUGGAGGCUUUCCCGGAUCAGCGACAGUUUGAGGCCUAUCGUACGUCUGUUCGAAGAAGACUGGACGAACACGAAUACGGGUGUUACGGUGGUCCAGAACCGGGUGACUGCUGAGCCGCCGGGGGUGAAUGCGUCGUCUGACCCCACUGCUGUUGAGGCGAGGCCGGUGCAUGUUGCUACGCCGCAUCCUACGCCGGUUACGCCUGCGCCGCAUGCUAAUGUUAUUCGGCCUCCGAAUAAGCGUCGGUGGUCUCGGGCGAAGUCUGAUACACGCACUGCGCCCAUUGAAGGUCAGGCUACCCAACUCAGUGGUCAUCAACCGCAGAAAGGCAAGCUACGUGAUCGUGAGGAAAGCACAAAGAAUAUUCAACAAACAAUUGCAAGCGAUACCAAACCGCCGCGUCUGCUAAAACGAACCCCGAGCUCCUCGCGCCCCGCGAUCCCCGCUCCGUACCGCAUCACGACACCCACAUCCCACCUCCUCCUCGACCCCUUCACCCCUUUCCUCCGCCCUGACUUUCCCCCCUCCCUCGCCGAGCCCAUCCUGAACCCCGUCAACACCCAGGCCCAAGCCCUCCGCACCUACCAACUCCCCAAACUCCCCGACGGGCGUCAUUGUCGUGCCUCUGAGUACAUCCCUCUCCAGGCACAGAGACCGGGAGGAGAGGGUGUGAGGAGGUGGUUGAGCGGCUUACCGGAGCAUCCGGAGAUGUUUGAGGGAGAAGAGGAGGCAAGGGAGAGGAUUCGGGGGCAGAUUGAGGGGAUGAGGGAUAGUUGGGUUAGGAGGAGUCUGGUGGUUGAUGUGGUUGAUGUUGCUGCUGUGCAGGCGUUUGCGCAUUUUUGAAGAGAGAACAAGACGAGGAGUGACGUACAACGGAUGGGCUGUGAGAAGUGAUGAUGCCCGAAGCAUAAUUGGUGGAGUGUACGAUACGCGAAAAGGAGGAACAUUGUGAUGAGGUAAUGAUAGAGACGGUUAGAAUGACGAGAGAAAGUCAAGUAUGUUAUGAUGGAUGG